UGGUGUUCGUUUGUCGAAUGGUUCGUGGACUGGAAUGGUCGGAGCUGUACACAGAGGGGAAGCGGAUGCCGGCAUGUCUAUGAUGGCAUUAACCUACGAACGGCACAGCGUCGUGCGCUUUGGUCCCUGCAUUGACACCAUCGACUUCAGCAUGCUUUCAAGUGCGUCUCCAAAUCAAUUUGACGCUUUCAGCUACAUUCGUGCUUUUGAUGCUGAGGUGUGGAUCGCCGUAUUCGCGUGCCUCAUCUGCCUUUCCUGCCUGGCAGCCCUAGGCGAAUGGAAGACGGCGUUAACUCGAAGCAGAAAGUACUGCAGCCUUCUCGGCAGUGCCUACGGACACGGCUGGGACCUCUUUGGCCUGCUAUUCGCUGAAAGCUCGCCAAGACGCUAUGUGCUCGCAUCACAGAAACUGCUUAUGGUCGCGUGGCUGUUGACUGUCGUCGUGCUGGCCAACUCGUUCGGAAGUCUGCUGAAGUCUAAACAAGCUGUAUCCACCUUCAAGCCAGAUGUCGACAGUGUCGACGACCUUGCAGCAAGGCCCUAUCUCACGCCUGUCAUACCAUCAGGAAAUUACUACGAGACAUUUGCGCGGCACAGCCGUUCAUUGGCAGUGAAACAGGUGUGGGAGAGGUCAAGAAGUCGAGGAGCAAUGCCUCCAGUUUCGGGACUCUUCACGGACUCCAUGAUGGCACAGGUGGCUGCCCGCCGCGCAGUGGUGCUCGCCGACCACGGCUCAAUCCUGCUUCAGGUGACCGGCUUCUGUGAACGCCGAAACGUACGCACCUUUGUGGUGGCCAGCCAGCCACUCGAGAGUUCUCCGUUUGGCUACGUCUUCUCUCGCAGCAUCGAUGAGCGCUUCUUUCGGAAGCUGUUCGACAAGUACCGGCGGGUCAUGGAGACGGGUCUGAUGCCCAAGUGGCUGGCUGAUAGCAAGGGAAACUGGCAGCGCUGCAUCCAGACACGGAAUAUUGCUGUGGACAGCAUUAGCUUGGAUGACACUGUGCCAUUUUUCCUCCUCUGGGGCAUCAUGUGUGCCAUGGCUUUCUGCGCUUUGCUUGGAGAGCUUAUUUGCUCAAGACUGCUGCAAGGUCAUCACGCCAAGAGACGAUGA